AUGGUGCUCUACAAGCAAGUGAUCUUGACCAACCUCAAGAGCUCGCCGGCGGAGACGGCCAAGAUGUUCCAGGAGCUCUCGGGCUUUCUUCUUGGCCGUGGCGGCGUCGUCCGCGACCUCGCCAACCGCGGCCACCGCGUGCUUGGCUACCCCAUUGACGACCGUCGCUGGGGUGGCACCUUUGAGCGCCACCGCGAGGCCAAGCUUGUCGUCAAGACCUUCGAGACGAACCCGACGACGCUCAAGGAACUUGAGGCCAAGAUGAAGCUCUCGUACCCGGUGUUGCGCUUCAUGACGUUCAAGGUCGAUAAGGACCCGCUGCGCAACGUGCUCAAGCAGUCGACGCUCGAGCCCGCCGUCGCCGACGAAGCCAACGUCAACACGUUCAGCUGGGAGCAGUUCCAGGCGUCGCUCAACGACAACGUCAAGGUGGUGCGCACGGACUACAUUGCGGACGAGCGCAACGACCCGAUGGCCAACAUGAACAUUGCCGACUACGUCAGCGAGGACGCCGAUAACGAUGACGAUGAUGCCGAGGUCGACGAUGAAGACGAGCCGUUGACUGCCCAGCAGCAGGAGAUGGCCGACUGGUUGGUCGAGAAGGCCGGCAAGAGCGACAUUCUCAAGACGGAGGAGAUCAUCCACGCGCUCGAGAACGCGACCAAGCCCGCCAAGAGCGACAACGUCGAGUACUGGGACGACGAUGACUUUGACUUCGAGGACGACGACAGCGCACAGGACAAGGACGAGAAGGUAGAGCACGACUGGCAGAAGGACUCGUCCUACGUGCCCCCUGUCCCGCGCCCGACCAAGAAGUAG